AUGAGGGGCGAGCGGCGCAAGAAGCUGCUGCUCUUUUGGGCCCAGCUGGAGAAAGUCCAAAUGUCACCAAUCCGAGCGUGCGUGCGUGAGGCUCCGCGGCUCGCGCGCGCCAUUCUCUCCCCGCCACAACCUCCAUCUUCUCCUUCUUCCUCUCUCCCACCACCACCAAACCACUUUCCCUCUAUCUCUCUCCCGUCGACGUGCGUGCUUCCUCCUGAGAAGAGCUCAAUUGCACCGACGAAAGCGACGAUCCAGGGCGGGGUCGGGAGGUGCUUCUUCGACGUCCUACACCUAUGCUGCGGGAUGGAAGAAGCUAGCGGCAGCAUGGAAGGGGCCUCCGGCUCGCACGCGCCGUCCAUCUCCCGCGCGAGCUCCGAGGAGGGUGACUUCUUCGACUCCCACCACCCAGAAAGCGACCAAGAAGACGAUGGUCCAUCGACGGGUGGUUACACGGCGUCGGAGAUCGCCGGCCGCUUCAUCAAGGCCAUCGACGGCAAGGCGCGCGUCGUCGUCGACACCGCCGCGCCCAUCGACUCCGUCAGGGGCGCCGCCGGCAAGUUCGGGGGCAUCCUCGACUGGCGAGAGCGGCGGCAGCAGGCCCAGGAGGAGCUGGGCAAGGUGGCGGGCGAGAAGGCGGAGUACCAGAGGCGCUCUGCCGCGGCGGAGGCCGGCAGGGCGGACGCGCGGCGGGACCUCGCGGGCGCCACGGGCGAGAUCGACGACCUGUGGCUCAGCGUCAAGCGCGCGCAGAUCGCGGAGGCGCAGGCGCGCAAGGACGCCGACCUCGCCAAGCUGCGCCUGCGCAAGACGGAGAAGCGCGCCGCGGCGCGGGCGGAGCUCGCCGGCCUGCGGGAGCGGCACACGGCGGCCAGGGCGGAGCUGGGUGAGGUGAGGAAGGAGAUGGGGGCGGUGAGGAGGGAGCGGGACGCCGUCGCGGCGGAGGCCGGCGCCGCGGCGGCGCGCGCGCGGGAGACGGCUGGCGAGGCGGUGGCGGCGGGCGAGGCCGUCAGGGAGGCGGCGGAGGAGCUCGUUGCGGUGAAGACGGAGCUGGAGUCCGCGCGCGCCGCGCAUGAUGUGGCCGAGGAGAAGAGGUUGCGGCUGGCGAUGGCGUGGCAGGAGGACAAGGUGCGGUGGCAGAACGAGCUGGACGAGGGUGAGGAGGAGGCGAGGAGGCUCAGGGAUGAGCUGGUCGCGGCCGGCGAACUCGAGACCAAGGUCGCCGCGGCUUCCGAACAACUUGCUAAUCUAAGAGCCGAGCUGUUCGCGUGCGCGGUCGAAGGGGCCAGUGCGGAGGAGACGGCGGCGGUGGGCGCGCCGUCGGCGAAGUUGGCGAGCGCAAGGAAGGAGCUUGAGGAGGUGAAGACGAGCGUGGAGAAGGCACAAGACGAGGCCAAGAUCCUGCGGGUCGCCGCCGCGUCGUUGCGCGCCGACCUGGAGAAGGAGAAGGCGGAGCUCGCCGCGGUGCGGCGGAAGGAGGAGGCCACGUCGGCGUCCAUCCCGCCGCUGGAGGAAGAGCUGAACCGGGUGACCUCAGAGCUUACCGUGGCGCAGGCGAGAGCAAGGGAAAGCGAAAAGAGCAGGAAGCCUGAGCAGCUAAGCGAGGCACGGCGAGAGGCGGAGCGCGCAAAGGCGAGCGCUCAAGCGGCGCAGGAGGAGAUCGCCGUGGCCAGGGAAGAGGCGCGAGUGGCCAAGGCCGCCGUCCAGACCAUGGAGGCGCGGCUGGAGGCCGUGAUGCGGGAGAUACUCGCCGCGAAUGCGUCGGCGGAGACCGCCACAGCCUCGGCAGAAGCGCUGAUGCAGCAACAGCAAGAUAACAAGAGCGGCGCCGUCGAAGGCGGCGUGGCGCUGGCAGCAGAGGAGUACGAGGAGCUGAGCCGGCGGGCGCGGGAGACGGAAGAGGUGGCUGGCAAGCGGGUGGUGGAGGCGGUGAAGCUGAUCAAGGAGGCCAAGGACGCGGAGGUGCGGAGCCUGGAGAAUCUGUCGCAGCUGACCAAGCAGACGGAGCAGAGGAGGCAGGCGCUGCAGGCGGCGACGGCGGAGGCCGAGGAAGCGGAGCUCUGCAAGGCCGAGGCGGAGCGCGAGCUGCGGCAACUGCAGGCCGAGCAUCGGCGUGCAGGCGGCGAGACAGCGUCGCCGCGCACGGGCCUGGCCGAGAUCUCAGCGUUUGACGGCAGCCAUGGGCGCGGGAACCCGCACAUACUAAGCCCGAGAGGUGGGUACAUGCCGAGGGCCGACAUGGCGGCCAUGUCGGCGGCGGAGGAGGCGGACGCCAAGCAGAAGAAGAACUUCUUCCCCCGCAUGGCAAUGUUCUUGGCUCGGAAGAAAGCUCAGAAUUGGAAUGGCAAGUGAUUUUCUUGCCUUUGUAAAUGCUCGGUUCAGCUCAGCUCAAACAUGUGUGAUCUUUAUUGAUAAAUGAGAUAGAUCAUGAAAUUUUGGCUCGCUGUUGAGAUAUUUGAGCACAAAUGUAAUAGUGCUGCAUAUUUU